GCAGUCGCGGGCACAGGUGCGGCUCCGGAAAGCAGGAGGCGGCGGGGCCGACGGUCUGAGGGUCCGAGCGCCUCCGGGGAGCACUUGCCGCCGCCGCCGCGAGAAGCCGAGCCCGGUGCCGACGGCGACCAGAGGCCCAGGAGCAAUGGCGUCCAGAGAGGAACCAGAGGUGAAAAGCCUGAACAUGGAAACCGCCAAUCCAGAAAACGCCAAGAAGGACGAAAAGGAUCAAGACGCUGCUAAAGGAGAGCCUCAGGCUCUCCCUUUGGAAACUGCUGAAUACUGUGUGCCCAGAGGCAAUCGUAGGCGGUUCCGUGUUAGGCAGCCCAUCCUGCAGUAUAGAUGGGACAUGAUCCAGAGGCUUGGAGAGCCCCAGGCCAAAAUGAAAGAAGAGAAUGCGGGGAAUAUUGGGGCAGAGAUGAGGGAGCUGAGGGAAAAACUGAAGGAAAAGCAGUCCAGUCAUACGCUUCGGGCAGUUAGUACUGACCCCCCUCACCAUGACCAUCAUGAUGAAUUUUGCCUUAUGCCUUGAAUACUGUUUUCCCUAAAGUUACUGGAGGACACGCCUGCUUCCUACACUUAUAUAUGUUUGUGAUGUAUUUUUGUUGUAAACAUUUCGUUGUUGUGCAUCGUGGGUCUUCUAUUACCAGCAUCUAAUUAAAUGUGAUUCUGACCCAGUCUGUAAGUUUCCAUCAGCAGGGGAGUUUUACCUAUUGCAUGGAAAGAUGCUCAUAUAUUGUGAAUUAAUAAAGUUUUAAAAAGAA